AUGACGAGAGUGCAGAGGGAGAUUCGGCGACGAACCACGUCCAUCGCCGAUGCGAACCGCAUCCAAGAAAUCACGACCUCGACUCCUCAGCGCAGCCUAAAGCGUCUGCGAACCUCUGCAUCGCCUAUAUCUAUCGCUUCGACUCCUCCUCGACGAGCGCCUCGUAGAGUCAAGAGUGAGCGUGACAAGCUCUUCGAUGCCAUCGAGGCUGGAGCCGACUAUCCCCUCAAACCCGUGCCCAUCAAGAGUGCAGAUGACUUGAACGAUGUUCAGCUGAAGAAGUGCUAUGAGAUUCUGCAUGCGUGCGGCAGUGCGACGGAUCCAAACGCUAGCUUGACCAAGACGAGACAGAGCAUCGAUGGCUUUUUGGAUGCCGUCUUUAACGACUGGUCGAGUUGCAAGGCUGGGGCUUUGUUGCGCUCGGAGCUGGAUUUUUUGGUGGAUGCAGAGGUUGUGGCAGGAAGAUUGUGUGGGAAGCCUCAAGAGCAUGCAAAGCUGACCGACUGCGCCGUUGGUUCCCUCUGUGCAGCGAAUGUUUCCGCCGUGGCCACAUACUGCAACAACCCGCCCAUGUUCAAACUCGAGUUUUCAAUCAUCGACGAGCUAUCAGGCCAGCCCGAGGCAUUUUGUCCCAUCUCCCGCAAGGACAUCAGAUGGGUAGAAGACGACUGGGUCCAAGAGCUGCGACAGAGUCUCCGUACAAAGGUGAUUGCCAAAAUCCACAAAUACAACAAGCAUCUUGCUAUAUGGCAAGCUCGCAGGCUCAUCGUGGAAUGGGCCAAGGGAAGCUUGUCGCUGGGGGAGGACGUGAGUAAGAUGGGCUUCCUGGAGCGGGAGACGGCGGAUGUGGCGACUGUUGGGCUUGGGGGAACUAUCGAGAAUAAGUAG